AAUGAGGCACCACCAUGCUGUUUCUAUAGUGAUGGAAGAAACAAACCUUCCCCAACUAACUCGAUAGAGCAAGGUCAAAGGACUCUGGGUGAUGACUUUCUCCUCAAAUGUGACAACUGGGGGACAAAUGAACUGUCGUCUAAGGGAAGCAUCUGGCAUGCCGGCUCCGCCCUUCUGAAAAGUCCUGGCUGGUUUUGCAGGCAGUUCUGGAGAUUUCUGCCUGGGCUUCUCAACCACUUGGGGAUAAGCCCUGAGUUCCGAAACAUCUUGAUUUGGUGUGAAGUGAACCCUGAUUUGUGCUGAUGGGGUCUUGUUUCCCUAAAACAUUGCGGUUUCUUUAAGACUCUCUACUUGGAAAGGAACCACAGGGGGAAUGAAUCUCUGAAAGAAUUAAGCAAGAGCCCCUGACAGCGGCGUCUGACCCUGACCAUGUACCCCAAUCCUCUCAUCUACUGCACCUGCUGGGACCCCUGGAACUUGGGACCACGGAAGCUAAUCAAGACCCCUCAUCCACUUCCAAAGACCGCCCCAAAGAAGCCUAACUCAACUCUUCUUUCGUCAGUUUCAAGAGACCGCAACUACCUCCUGCCCCAACAAGUGAAACCUGUUUCCUCAAAAGUCAGGGGCCAGCCAGGAAAGCCAGAGGAGAGCAGCAAAUCGCCAUCUGAGGUGAUUGACGUGUCACCUGGCUAUAAGCUCAUUCGAAGUCGGGAACAGAUUUCAGUCACUCUGGGAGAUGAGAUGUUCAAUAGGAAAAAGCGCUUGGAAUCAGACAUCUUGAACAAAGUCAAAUAUUCCAGGGCUGAUAUCAUUUCUGACCUCGAGGAGCAGAUCUCCGAGUUGACAGCAAUAAUAGAACAAAUGAACACAGAACACCAGGCUUCCCAGAAAGUGCUCUCCAAUGAGAUGGAGCAACGCUGCGCUGAAUUGAAAGAGAAGUUUGAAAACGAGAACAGGGAUCUCAAAAAGUCUCACAAAAUGGAGCUUGAGAAGUUAGAGGACAGCUACAAAGAAGCCUUGAAGGCAGAGAAGGUUGCUUCCCAGGAGAAACUAGAGGAGCUGAGCAAAGAAUAUAAGUAUCUGAAGAACAUGUUUCACAUGUAUCAGGAUAGCAUCUACGACGAAAUGGAAGACAAGUGGUUAAAGCGGAAGGCAGAAUGGGAGAGGGAUGAGAGGUUGGAAAGGGAAAAGAUCCUGCUACAACAAAAACAUAGGAUAACAAAAAAGUUCGAGUUAGAGUCGGUGGAAGAAAAAAGGAGGAUGAACGAAUCCUUGAGUGCUAUCUAUGACAACUUCAAUCGAGAGAAAGAGGAGCUCAUGAAAAAACAUAAUGAAGAUAUGUUGGAAAUACAAGAGCUGAAGAAAUCCAAAGAGAUCAUGGAGGCUGAACUGCGGGCACAAUCUAUUAUUCUGGAGACACUGAACACCAACUUUUACCAAAUCCAGAUGGAACUCCAUAGAGAGAAAACUAUAGCGGGAAAUCUGGAGAGGUUGUUCCAGGCGAAGCUUGCUGAAGCCGAAGAAAAGUAUAAGCACACCAUACAGCUCCUGACAGAAGAAAAUGCCCGCCUCAGACAAAAGCUCAAAACGAAGAACGAAGAAACUUCUGAAGAAACACCUGAGAAGCUGGCCUGCAUCACUUUUUCUGUUCAAGAGUGGGACCCUCCUGUUGGCAGCAACAAAAAGCCAGUGUCGUAGGAAGCCAGCUUCGCUGCUCUGUGGCCGAAGCGACGACCCCGCCCAGCGGAGCUGCGGACUCUGGCAAGGUUUUCUCUGGAGGUGCGCGUUGAGUUCUUCUGUUGUUAUGACUUUAUCCCCACUCCCCACCCCACCCUUUUUUUUUUUUUUU